CUUCGAAGGGGUCUGGCUACCUCUGGCUGGCUGGCUACGAAGGCCCAUCCCUCGUUCGAUCGUCACUCUUGGUGGAGCAAACUUCAUUGCCGACAAAGACGAACUGGCAGCUAGAUCCACGGGAUUGCCGAUGUGGGCUUGCAUUAUGCCAUGUGCAGUUCACGGCUAUGAUUCAUCAACGCAAACGCGCAAGACAGGCCUGUCUGUCCUGCAAUUCGAGGCGCGUCAAGUGCGAUGUAACCGAGCACUCACCAUGUACCAACUGCGCAACAGCCGAUAUCCGUUGUUCUGUGCGGGAAUCAAGACGCGGGAAGCAUCCCCGACCAUCUCGAGGAUCGACGUCCAAGGAUCUCAUCCAGAAUGCCGAGCACCAAUCGCCAGAAUCAAUUCAUGUUGAUACCACACAAAUCUUUGGUGACUCCCCACCAGACGAGCAUGUAGCAGCAUCUCAGGUACUCGCAGGCCUGGCGCAGACGGAAGCCAUCGAGAUACCGCCGCCACCACCGCCACGCGAGGCUAUCGAGCAAAAUGCCCCUUUGCCACCGCAACAAGAGAUAUCUGAGUAUAUUCAGCCACCGAGAGUCAGCAGGCAAGAAGACGAAAGUUCCGUGUUUCUGGGAGAAUCCACCUCGAUGAGAUAUCUCCACGACAACACCCCUCCGCACUCCGGACCUUCUCCCCCUCAAAACCUCAGAUUUCUCUAUUCUGUUCCUGACGCAGUCCGUGCCGAAAAUCUCAUUCCGCAAUGGGAAGCUGAACGGAGGCGUGCCAGACUCAGGGCACUCACGGCGGAGGGUGCCUUGUCCUUCCCUCCACAGGCCGUCACGGAAGACUUGCUCAAAGUCUACUUCAGAUGGUUCCAUACAUGUUUUGCUGUUGUAGACGAGCCCGACACAUGGAAUCGAUACCGAGAGGGCACCUUGUCACCGCUACUGCUCCAGGCUAUCCUCUUCAUUGCCGUCAUUCAUUGUGAAGAGGAUGAUCUGCCCAAAGUCGGGCUCGGCACACGCCACAAAGCCAAAUAUGUUUUUUACAAUCGUGCCAAAGACUUAUAUGAUGCCGACUUUGAGCCUAAUAAACUUUCCGUCAUCCAAGCACUCUUCUUGAUGAGCUUCUGGAGGGCAGGCGCUCUCUUGGAAAAAGAUAGCCGCCACUGGCUGGGCGCAGCUCUGAGUUCAGCUCAAACAAAGGCCUUGCAUCGCUCAUCUCAGAGUGCUGAUUCGAAACUAGAGAGGGUGAGGAAGAGGGUAUGGUGGUCGAUAUAUGUUCGCGAGAGACAAUGUGCAGCCGCCCUGGGUCUCCCUAACCGAAUCCGAGACGAAGAUUGCGACGUGGAUCCUCUACUUGAACAAGACUUUGAAAACGCAUUCGACCCGCUGACGCCUAACCUUUCUAUACAGGAAUGUGUUUCGUACAUGGUGGGAAUGGUUAAAUUAUCUCGCUCAAUGGGUCAGAUCGUGGAUUGUGGAUUCCUACCAUCCAAAACACUCACUUCCAUCGAGAGGGAGCAAAUAAAAGACGAACUUAUGAGCUGGAGAAAGACCCUACCGUUGAACAUGCAACUAAGCAAGGAUGGGUUCGAUCAACAGUUGGGGUUUCAGUCAAACAUGCUGCACCUGGCUUACAACAACCUCCUCAUUCUCCUCUAUAGGACAGGUUGUGUUGGCACUAGGAAAGACAACGACGAAGUGGACGGACAGCUGGCACUUCAAGCAGCUGCCCGCAAUUCGCGCAUCAUCGAGGACAUGCUCUUGGAGGGUAACAUGUGCCACGCGCAGAUUCAUGUCAUCACCAACGUCUUCAACACCCUCUGCAUCCACACCGUCAGCUUGCGCGAGUCACAAGGCAGUCGGCGAUCUAUAGCAGAAUACAGAGCUAAGCUUUGUUUGCUGGGGCUACAGGAGCUUCAAAAGACGUGGGAGGUUCGAAACUGGAUCCUUCAGUUAUUCUUCCAAUACCUUGAUCGGUCAAUCGCAGCAAGGCUACAACUACACAGCGACAUCGGCGCAGAAAACGAGAAUGCUGAAAGAACAUCUUUCCAGCGCAUUCCGACAGCGCCAGGCUCACCAUCCCAGAAUGUGCCGCUGAACGACAUGGAUGGGAUCGAUACGUUGUUGGAAUCUGACGCGCCGUGGUCAUGGUCAACGCAAGAAGCCAGCCAGUUUUUAUACUCCCAGAUAGAGAACAACUUUGCCUUUGGAGAGGGAGGAGUCCUCGAUUGGAAUGCUGCUGACGCCUUCGGUAGCACUUUACCACCGCUGGGCAAUUCCACCCCUGGCGGAAUGGACAUGUAGGGGAGUCAAGAGAACCUGGCGUUGAGUCAAUGUUAAGAGGACUAAUACAAUGACGUUGCUGGGCUUUGCACUUUUUCUCAGGAGAACGUCCACGCAUGGUUGAUGUUGCUGCUAUUAUAUAGCGGUAGACUACCUCCUCAUCUGGCUCAUUAUGUUAUUUACCUAUGUAAGGUGGAUACAGUAUCAACACGCGUUCAAAGUAAUUCUAGAUAUUGUCUUGUUGCAUAUAGUUCCAUACGCGCCUAUUACUAGACUUCGU